AACUUUAGUGCUAACGGUGCCAUCUAUUUGUUAUCUAUCAAACAUUGCCUGGUUUUUGUGGAAAAAUCAUGUUUUUCAAAUUUAAUAAUUUCACCGGACGAAUCACACAAUCUACUAAUAGAGUAACUUAUAAUCCUGAGGGACUAAAUACGACCGUAGCCCAAUCGGAGCAGCUUAUUUUUCAAACUAAAACUGUAAAAUUUCCGGUAGAACAUAUUCCCAAGGUUCAUCAAGUUAAUGGUCCAGCUACUGGAAAGCUUGGAGUUGUGCCGGAUCACCCAGGCUAUAAAAAAGUGAUGGAACUUCAGCAAAGGAUGAGUAAAAGUGAUGGUUUACUUGUGUGGCAAAAAUUAGGAAGCAAAGAUAAAUUAUCAUACUUAGCAAUAAUCGGUGGAUGCGCUCUUGGAGUAGCCUACUCUGUGAGAAAUCUGUAUUUAAUGACCUUUCCCAAGAGCGCUUCGGAUUAA